GGAGGGAAACGUUAAAGCACCUUCAGCUUCGUGAUCAGACCGACAGAGAGUGGAAGGAGUGAAGUGAUAGAGGCAGUUCUCCUGCAGGAUCAAAUUCAGAAUGAAUAUCCACCAUGUUCUGUUCUUCUUCAUCUGUUCAGCUCUGCGUGGUGGGCACACUGGGCUCGUCAGUGCAAAACUCAACAUCUACUCAGCAGCUGAAGGAGGAAACGGUACAAUCAGUUGCCACUUGUCUGUGGCGGCAAGCAGGAAGUUCUUCUGUAAGGAAGAAUGUAAAGCAGAAGAUGUUCUCGUUAAAACGGAUGACGAUGUAGCUCAGAGAGACAGAUACAGCAUUAAAUACAGAAACGGACCCUCUGGAGGAGGAAUCCUGUCUGUGACCAUCACACGAAUGACCAAGUCCGACUCAGGACGCUACAGGUGUGGUGUGGGCAGAAACUCGCUUCCAGAUUCAUACACUGACUUUGAGAUCAGAGUUUCAGACGCACCGUUGGCUGGACACUCUGGUUUUAUCCGCUCAGCUGUGGAAGGAGACAAUGCGACAUUUCCGUGCAGCUCUACAGUCUAUGGAAGACAGAAGUUUUUCUGUAAGGGCCAAUGUGAAAAAGACGACGACAUUCUGAUUGAAACAGAUGGAAACAGGACUCAGAGCGGCAGGUACAGCCUUGAAUAUAAAGAAGUGUCUACAUUUGGACUGGACGUGACCAUCAGACAGGCCACCAGGUCUGACACAGGACAGUACAGCUGUGGGUACGGCAGCGCUUUGGCUCCAGAUUCACACAAGACGUUCCCGAUCAUUAUCUUAGACGCAGCGACACCAGGUUUAAGCUCCAGCUCAGAACGUUUCACACCUUCAUCAGUUCUGCCUGAAACCACCGACCAGGUCACAGCCCCCUCCUCUGCCUCCUGUCCACCUUACCUCUUGUACCUGGUUGUCUCUUUGCCCCUGGUUGUUGUGCUGAUGGCUGUUCUUCUGCUGCUCGCCUACAAAUGGAAGACAAGGAGGAGCUUGAAGACCACCAGAGGAACAGCAGACAGCGUACACAUGAAGCCGUCUUUCACUCCAUCAGUGUCCACAUGUGAAGACUCCACCUACCAGAACCUCCGUUACACCAGAAAGGAUCAGGACCCAAUCUACUGAAUCUGGAUUUCACAUUGUGCAGCCUAUAAUGUUUUCCAUGUUGUUCCUUGGCAGAUCUUUUAACAUGAUAUUUGUGAUGAUGGUUGAGAGUUGGUCAUUUUUCAGAGCGUGUUCAGCAUCUCCUCACAUGAUUAUUCUAAAAUGUCCAGCCUGUCCAAAGAUUCAGGUGUUCCAGGCUACUGUUCUUCUAAAAUUAGUGCAGUCCAGCAUUUCCCAGCUGUUCAAUAAGUCAGACCAAGUGUCACACUGUAAAGCCGAAGAGCUAAGAGGAGCCAGAUUUCCAAAAAUCCAUUUUGUUUUUGGUUAUUUUCCAGAAUAACAGUUUAUUUUGGUGAAAUUAUCUCGUUUUAGUUAUCAGACGUCAAUGGAUUGUGUUGAAACAGCGCCCUCCUGGUUGUAAGCUCUGUAAAUGGCAGUCUGUAUGGUGAUGGAUGGUACUGCACUCUUAAAGACUGAAAGAUACCACAUCAAGUCAACAACAUGAUUUAAAUGAAACAACUCUGAGUUUCUCCAGGAUUACAAACAUCCUGAUGUGUGUAUAAAUUGGUUGCAUUUGCCAAACAUAAUGAGGCUUGAGGGGUUC